AUGGAUGGUAAUGCUAGCCCGGAUAAUGCCGAUCUCACACUGUCAGCAAUGGAGUAUCGCUUCCUUCGUGAGAAUCCGGGGCUUCAUUUUCAUCUUUUCCGAUAUAUCGAUGAUAUUCUAACUGUCAAUUGCGCCAAUUUUGCGAAAACUGCCAGCAACAUUUAUGGGCCCAGCCUAAAGCUCAAUACCACUUACUCCGGACAACGUGCCUGUUUCUUAGAUCUCGAAAUUCUAUGUCAAGACAGCAGAUGCAUUUUUGACAUAUACAAUAAGACCUUGGAUUACCCAUUCACAAUUAAUUACGGUGAGCAUCCUGAUAGUGAUAUGGACCAUACGGUACAAGAAAGUGUUAUUUUAUCACAGUUACUUCGAUAUGCACGCAUUUCUAUCCUCCCAGAAUGGUUUCUUGACUAG